CCAUCGAAUUUCUUCGUAUCUAUCCCAUUCCACUAUUCCAGCAUCGCCCUGGCGUGCGCGCACCACGCAGUCAUCCUCGCUCGUGGGCCGUGGCGUCUGCCUGACUGCCUGUCUUGCAGUUGCAGACCGUCCAAAACCUGGUGGCCUAGUGGCGAUCGGCGGCCGGAGCAGCUAAAUCUACCGGCCCGGCGGCUGAAUCGAUCGGCGCAGCGACCAAAUCUACGGCCGGCGGGCGGGAGGUGGUCCCCUGGAGGCCGGAUCGGCAAGUGGGGACUUGGGGGCGUCGGGCUGCUGGUGGGGUUUCGCUGGAGGCUGCCGUCGUGGAGCACCGGCCACCGGGGCUGGCAGGCGGGCAUCAGCGAUGGAGUAAAGGGUGCAGCACGACAGCACGCCAGCGGCCAGCAGGGGGCACCGGGCAGGUGGGCAGCAGCAGGGGACAGGACAUUAAAGGUCUUGAGGCAGAUAAACUGGAGUGCAGGCUCUAUGUAGGGAACCUAGACUUCAGGAUGUCAGAGUCCGAUGUAAUCAAGAUGUUUUCCCCUUUUGGAAAGAUUACAGCCGAGGAUUUUCUGUGGCACACACGCGGUCCAAAGAGAGGCGAACCCCGGGGCUAUGCCUUUGUUCAGUACACCACUAAAGAGGAAGCUCAGUUAGCAAAGGAGAAGAUGAAUGGAAAGUUAAUCUGCGGACGCCCAAUGGUAGUUCACCUUGCUAGUGAGAGAAGUUCUCUAGGCUCUUCAAGUUCACAUAGAGCAGUCAAAGACAAGAAAUUGGCAGGUGGUUCAGGUGCCAAAUCACAAUAUACUGAUACAGCUGCAAAGAUAGCUGCUAUAAAAAAUAAGUUGAAAUCUCUGGAGGAUGGGGGAUGUAGCACAAAAAAACCAAGACUUAAUCCAGACAACUUGACAGAAAUCAGGGAACAGUCUCAUAAGAAGUUUUGAAGCGAGGAUUUUUUUUCGUUCUCUGGAACAUUGAGUGCUUUUGCCCUCUCAUACUGGUGACACUUCUAAAGCUGCUGCUAUUCUAUAAUUCUAGCUUCAGUUAGUCAAGUGAGUCACAAGUGUAGUGUUUCCACAGUGUAUCAAAUAUGUACAAUAGUUUGUACCGAUCAUCUUUUUCCUGAAUGAAUUGCCCUUUUGAUGGGGGAAUCAUUGUGACUACAUACUGUUUUGUUAUUGACAACAUAUUCUCAGUGUGCCCCUGUUGAACAUA